CGAAAUACGUUUUCAUUUUGGAAUUAACUAGCCAAGUUUAUUUUCAUUGCUUCUGUAACAUUGGGCCACUUUCAACGAUGGCUACUCUUGAGAGCAGGGCUCUUUGAGUCAAAGCACUGUUACGGGCAUGAUUCAGCAUCUUCAUGUUGCUCUCUUAUUCGUCUGCAACUUUUCAAACUUGAUGCUUUCCAUCAGUUUGAAAUCACAGAGUUUUUCAAGUGAGACCUUCCGAGUUGUCAUAUGGAAUAAAACUCAGAACUCUGCUUGGACCAAUACGGUGGUCAGCGAUGUUGCAUGCGUUGCUGUUUGUGGCAGCACAAAGCAAUGUGUCGCUGUUAAUAUUGUUCCCCGCAAGGAAAGUCUUGAAUGUAAGAUCCUGAGCAAUUUAGGGGGAGACUUUAUUGAACACCCAGGAGCCAAGCUACUUGUGGCUGAGAAAGAUAUCAAGACUUGUGCAACUGUUACCUGUGAAAACAACGCUACCUGUCAGGAUAUCCGGCCCGAAGUGAAGGAUUUGUUAAAAGCCUUUAGCUGUGUUUGUCCAUGUGGAUAUUGUGGCGUUUACUGCGAGAAACUAAAUUACUGGUCUCAACGUGGAGUAGCUAUUGCAGAGCACAAUAUCCCCUUUCCCAGCUAUGUACAGUUCGAUGGCUCUACAGAUGCUUGCAUAGAAAUAUGUCUUAACACCCCCGGCUGUAAAUCUGCCGAUUUUUCCACCAAGGAUUCCACUUGCCUUCUGAAUGACGUCAACCGAGAUAUGGAGGAGCUGUCCAGCUUUAAAGGAUUUAUAUAUUUGGAGCCUUCCUGUAUCUGUGAUUGAUAUGUGGCAACCAUCACCUAAUUUUAGAGUAGUUACACUUAUGUGCUCAUACAUGUAUAGGAGUCUGCAGUUGAAUCGGUAUAUUAAUAAAAUAUCUGUAAUAAAAUCGGACGGAUGCUAAUAUUAGAAUGACCAAAAUUUAUAUGUUCAACAAGUCAACCAACGCCUAGGAUUGUAUGAAUUAGUAAAUUUAACAACAAUUAAGUUUCUGUAAAUUAGU